AGUCCGUGGUACUACCGUUGACUACAAAUGUCAUCAAACAAGUAACCACAAAUUAAAAGUUUCUAUGUUAUUUGAUAGCAUCAACAAAGGGGGAUAACUCUCAGUAUUUAUGGACCAAAGCACUGGGAAGGAUGGUGAAAAUUGGUCUCCAGUUCAAAGCUGAUUUAGAAUUUUUAACAAAUUUAAGACCAGAUGGAGAAGAUUUUAGGUGGUAUGUGAAGCUGAAAUGUCACAGUUGUGGUGAAGCUACGACAGAGUUUCAAUAUCUAACACUGAUAGACAGUUCUCCAUUAAAAGGUGGCCGAGGCUCAGCUAGUUUGGUGAUGAGAUGUAAACUGUGUUCCAGAGAAAAUUCUAUAGACAUAAUUAAAGAUUCAAUAAAACCUUAUAACAUAGAUGACAGUGGAAAAUUCAAGACAGUUGUGGUGUUUGAUUGUCGAGGCAUGGAACCUGUCGACUUUUCCCCGAGAGUUGGAUUUAUGGCUGAGGGAUCAGAAACAGGUACAAAGUUUCCUGAAGUGGAAUUAACAGAAGGUGAUUGGGUUGACUAUGAUGAAAAGCAAGGCGAAUCAGUGGGAGUGUAUGAUAUUGAACACAAGUUUGUCAAGUGCUAACAGACAUAUUUAAGAUCUCUUCAGCGUUAUACAGGAGACGUCCUUUAGAGGAGAGGUUUCUUCAAUGAGGCUAUUCAUAGAUGACGCAAUUUUCAAGAAAUGGUGCAAAAUAAAAUUUCUCAAUUUGAUAUUUCAUGUAUCACUGCUUUCGGAUUUUUACUUCAUAUUUUAUGUUUACGACAGAAAAAUCAUGAUAAUUUUUUUUUGUGAUUUCAUUAUCUUGAAAAUAAAAUACAAUUUUUUUUCUGAAAAA